AUGGUGAUAGAACGGCGUUGUGGUGGUGGGGGGCGUGGUAGUGGUCGAGGUGGUGGGGGUGGUGGUUGCAUCGUCGUGGGGGUGGUGGUGGAGAUGAUGGUGGGGGCGGGGUUGUGGUGGAGGUGGUGGUGGUGGAGUGGUGGUGGUAAUUAUAGUGGAGGUUGCGGCAAUGUGGUGGUGGUGGCAGCGGCAUGGUGGUUGAGGUGGCGGUUAGAGCGUGGUGGUGGCGGCGGCGGCGUCGUGUUAGUGUGGUGGUGGGGUUGGGGGCAUGGCGGCGGUGGAGUGGCGGCGGUGGUGGUAGAGUGGUGGUGGUGGUGGAGUGGUGGUAAUUAUGGUGGAGGUUGCGGCAUUGUGGUGAUGGUGGUGGUAGUGGUGGCGGCGGCGACGACGCAGUGGUUGAGGUGGUGGUGGGGGCAGCGUUGUGGUGACGGUGGUGGUGGUGGAUUGGUGGUGGUUAUGGUUUGGUGGCAGCGUGGUGGUGGUAAUUGUGGUGGAAGUUGCGGCAUUGUGGUGGUGGCGGCGUGA